CGACCCCGGGGACCGGCGGGUGACGGGAAGCCCGCUCCGUUACCCGGAGACCCGCCCCGGCCCCUCCUGACCUCGCAUCCCCGAGCCCGCCCGCACCUGUGGGGAGAGCACUUCCCGUCCUCCGGUCCCGGUCAGUUUGGUCGCUGGCACUUGGGGUGUGCCGGGACUGCUGUGGCCUCUGAACACUUCAUCUCAGACCGUCGCGACCGCCCCGUGAGGCCAGCUUUGCUUACUUAAACGGAGGAAACUUGGAGGCACAGGGAGAUUAAGUAAUUUUGAUGGCCACACAGCCAAUUAAAAGGAAACGGUGUUUACUAUUUGCAGAGGGAUUUCACGUGCAAUUCCUCCUUUUUGCGUCUCUUUUCAUGGGAUGACGACUCUUGUUCUUCACCUAAGUUGGAGAAACACUGCACUUUAAUCUCCUGGCUGUGCCAUCAGGCCAACUGAAGACAGGGUUUUGAAAUCUCAGCUAUCAAGUUUUCCAGCCAAAGUCUCAAUCUUGCCUUAACAAUGUUUCAGAGACUGAACAAAAUGUUUGUAGGUGAAGUUGCUACUUCCAACCAAGAACCAGAAUUUAGUGAGAAAGAAGAUGAUGAAUGGAUUCUUGUUGACUUCAUAGACACUUGCACUGGUUUCUCAGCCGAGGAAGAGGAGGAAGAUGAUGACAUCAGUGAAGAGUCCCCAGCAGAGCACACAUCAGUCUUCUCCUGUUUACCUGCAUCUCUGGAGUGUUUGGCUGAUACCAGUGACUCCUGCUUCCUCCAGUUUGAGUCCUGCCCAAUGGAGGAGAGCUGGUUCAUCACCCCUCCCCCAUGUUUUACAGCAGGUGGAUUAACCACUAUCAAGGUGGAAACAAGUCCUAUGGAAAACCUUCUCAUUGAACACCCCAGCAUGUCUGUGUACGCUGUUCACAACCCCUGCCCUGGCCUCGGUGAGGCCAGCUGUGGGAAUGAGGACUACAACUCGAGCAGCCCCAGAAUGGAAGCCCAGAGUGAAAUGGGGGAGCACAUUCACUGCUGUGUUGCAGCUCUUGCUGCUCAGGCAGCAUUUCUGGAACAACCCAGGAGCUUCCGCCCUUCCCAAUGGAUAAAAGGACAGAGUGAAAGACAGUCUCUGAACAGAAAUGGCCUUCGUCGCCAGAACCUUACCAGGGAUUGCCAUACUCGACAGAUGAAGCACAGUGGCUGGGUGGUUCACCAGCCCUGCCCACGCCAGUACAAUUACUGAGAAUGUUGGUUUCCAUGGGUUUGUGCCCAUGUAUGUGGAUGUGUGUGUGCGUACAAUGAAAAUGCUGUCUCCUUCCAGCCAACUGAAGACCAACUGCCUAGUGUGUCUAGACACUAUCACCACCAUAUUUUGUGCUUUGUAUCACAUAAUGCCUUGCUCCUGACAAUUACUUUUAAAUAACCUUUUCAGAAUAUUUUUGGAAACAUAUCAAUACAGUUACAGUGUUUGGAGAGGUCUUUAAAUAUAGUAAGGUAUAUAUGAGUUAGUAUCUUACAAAUUUCAUCUAUCAAUUUUGUAUUAUUUAAUCUUUUGUGUAAGCAAAAAUUUAUUCUCAGGGUCAGCCAUAUACUUUAUUGACCAGUACUUGAUAAGUCUUUCCUGUAUAUAAUGAGUACAUUUUUAUACACUAACAUGAGCAUUAACAAGUGAUUUUUGCCAUGGAUAUAAUGGAAUUAAUGGCUGAACUUACUUCUGAAAGAAAACUUGACAUAUUCUGUAUGUAUGGUUCUUUUUUUCCCAGAUUGUUCAUUGCAGUUUAUUGUGGAAUUCAGGUACAAAUGCAUUCAACAAUUCUGAUGUGACUCCACAAUAUGGUACAGAUACUACAGCUGCCAUGGACAAAAGCACUUGUCUCAUAUGCAAAGGGAAAAUGAGACCUGUGAGAUGUCAUUUGCAAUCUGUCUGUAGGUAACCCACUGAGCGGUCAGUCAGUAUUUGGAGGUGUCUAGAGUCUUAACUGCCAGCUCAGCUGGAAAUGCACAAGUGUUUGCCCAGGCACUUGGUAACUGCAUGCUCAUGUCUGCCCUUAAGCAAGGUAACUCCUCAGACAUGGAGCCUGUUCUCCCAAGGGGAAAGCAUGGGAGACGGGACUUCUGGUGGCGCGUUUACAGCAUCCAAGUGAAGACUGAUGGAUUGGUUUCCUUGAGCUUUCAUUUUUUAACUUCACAAAAUCUUUAACCACUUUGGCCUCUGUUUCCUCCACAGCAGGGGAGUAAUAAUACUUAUUACCUCCCUCACAGAGUUGUGAGGACUGCACACUAAUUGCAAGUGGAGCUGUCAGAACUGAACUUUGUGUGAAUUUCCAGGGCCUUUCUAUUGAGCCUAGUGGUGGGAGGCUAUGGCACACUUUCUGCCAUGAUUAUUCUUCAGGGUUGGUGCUAAUGAGACCAGGGUGCAGGGUUCCACUCACAUAGGCCAGUUAACUUGAUGUAGAGGAAAGUCCAUUUUCUUACCUCUAACUGGUCACUUCUUUUUAAAAGCAGUUUUGAUGGGUUUUAAUGAGCCAACCACACUUGCAACCAACUUUCUGGAAAAUUAAAACCCAUUUACAGCUUAAAGCAUAUUCUACUGAGAGUAAUAUCAUUACCUGCAUAAUCAAAGAGCUCAUUUCCCUAUCUCCUCUGCAACCCUAAUUAAACACUUGUUUAUGAAAUAAUUUCAAGGAAAAAAAGCAGCAUACUGUUGUGUGAAGUAUUAUCCCUGUAGCAGAUUGAUGCAGGGAACCCUGGGAGACUUUCAGGGAAGAGCUGUGCUCCUCUGACAAGGCGAGGCUUUUAGAGCGGCAGUUAGACAGUGGAGGGUCUUAUACUGGCUGAAACAAGUGCCAGGAUGUCUCUCUUAGAACAGGAAUCUAGAUUCCUCAUCCUUCCUUAAACCUUUCCAUACUGACUUCCCCCUUUAUUUAUUUGUUUUCUAAUUAGGGGCCAAGUCUGUAAAGCUUGUCAAACUGAGAAGUCAUUUGUUUUCACGAAGGUUUGCAUGUUUUACACCAUGUUUGUUAUAGGAUCAUCUGCUGGUAACUUGAAAAUAGACCAGCUAUGUGUCUUCUGGACACAAGCUUCUAAAUACAUGUAAGCCUUUCCUACCCCCUUACGUCACAUGCAAGUUGUGUCCCACGCAAGUUGUGUCCCACAAGCCGGAAGUUCAGCCAUUAAAAUUUGUUUGGCUAGCGUGAACUGAUUUGUGUAUUAAACUGCAGUGGUUCUGUUGUUUUUAAACAACUUUCCCCUAGAUUUGUUCAUCCCUUAAGUACAUUUACAUCUCUUUCAGUUACUGACUUCAUUUGCCUUGUCUGUGCCUAGUGUUUUUGCCUUGGUCCUAAUAACCAGCAAACGUAAAUUACUGCGAUUUUUUUUUCCUUCAGGGUUAAGAUUACCAACCACAUCACCUACAGUAGGUAGCACACUGUGGUUCCUGUGUGAGAAUCUAAAGUUAUGUCUAAAAUUGGCACAUAUAAGAAUUGAAAAAUUGAAAUUUUUGGUCAGUACAUGUUAGGCAACUACUGUGUGUAAGACACAAGCCUAAUAACAAAGAACAAUGUUAACCUGUUUUUUGGCCGGGCAGUGGUGGCGCACGCCAUUAAUUCCAGCACUCGGGAGGCAGAGGCAGGCGGAUCUCUGUGAGUUCGAGGCCAGCCUGGGCUACAGAGUGAGUUCUAGGACAGGCUCCAAAGCUAUACAGAGAAACUCUGUCUCGAAAACCAAAAAACAACAAGAUGUUUUUUGAAACAUGGCCAAAAUGCAUUUUCUGAGUUGAUUACUCACUGAUUAUCAUCAUUUUGCUGUUUUAACUACUAGUGGUUUACAAUGUACUUCAUUGAAAGUACAGGCAGUAAGAAGAAAGACCCCAAGGGCUGGGGAUGUAGCUUAGUGGGGAGCACUUGCCUAGUGUGUGCAAGGUCCUGAGUGCCAUCCCCAGCACUGAAAACAAAACAGAGUGAGACUCCUGAAUUUAGGAGCUCUGGCCAUUUCUAAACUGAUAGCCUAGAAUGUUGCUUGGAAAGUCUGGAAUACAUGGUGUGUAUCUGCCAUACACAUGGAGUAUGUUUUUUAGCUUUUACAGUGGACCUCCACAUUCCUCAAAGUUUGUGUUUUGUGUUAAACAUUUUAGAGCGUGUAGUCCGUUAAUUACCAUUUCCUGAGUUAUAUUCUGCCCUGUAUAUAGAUGCUUAGCUCGUCAUAUUUAUCUUGUGGCUAUUUGUAUUUGUAUGGUUGAGUAGGUGCAGAGAUGCAAGGAGAUUGGAUUUUUACUUCCCAUUGCAGGAAGUUUAAAAAAAGAAAAAUCUCAAACUCAUUAACUUUGUGUAUAUUUUUCCAAUUCCCAUGCAGAUUGUCCCUAUCUUAUCAGUUCUUUGGUUCUAGUGAGAAGAGUGUUUACUUAAAACUUGCCAGGACUCAUAAGCCUGCCUGUUGUUUUCGCUUCUCAAAUCUGUACACUGGCUAUUAGUCUUCACUUCUGUUGAAAUCUGAAUUGCUUUGCUGUUUUGCUCUGUCCUCACAGAAGCAUACAGUCUUUGUAUAUUCUUAAGACAAACAAGCAGAAAAGCAAGGGAGAGUAUCAUCUCUAUUCUCUCUCUUUUUUGAGUUGGAAAAAACUGAAUGAAGGACAACUAGAAGACACAUUUAAAUAGAUUAGUAGGGAAAGUUUCUACCUUUUUCUUUCUAUUGUAGAGACAAUGAAGAGACUGCUCCUUGUACUGAGAUACUACUAUGUUUCUAUUGUUGCCUUGAAGUUAUCUUUUUAUUUUAUAAGGCUUAUAGAUACUAUUUGUUUUAAAUUCUUUAGGUAGUUCCACGCCAUCAGCCUCUGAUGCACUAUAAAUGGCAACUCUACCUACUUAUUCUCAUGUUGAAAUUUGGCACGGACGCUUGUCUAUUUAACAAAUCUAUACAUAUGACAGUGUUGUCCACUUUGUCAUAGGCCAGUUUCUCUUGAAAUGUGACACCAAUUCAAGCAGCUCAGGUGCAGAGAGACAUCAGGAGUAGGUGCAGAUGCACCAGGAAGUGUCUUCUCUCACUGGCAAACAGUAUCCUUUAUGUGGAAGAGAAGUUACUAUUCAGAGGAAGGCAACUUAAGUGAUGUUCUGUGUAUCAUUGGUAAGUUUUCUUGUGAUAUUGAAGAAUGUCUGUUAAAUGAGUUUGGCUCUGUACUUUCCUGUUUUAGUAUUGUUUUCUAGGUGAACUUGUAAAAACCAGUGCUUAGUGAGGUUAGGUGUGUAUUUGGGGGCCUUGGGUGUGUGUGUGGUUUUGUUUUCCUCCAGCUUUGAACUUUAGUCAAUAAUUGUGUGUGUUAUUUUUAAGAAGUGGCUUUAUUUCUUUCCUCUAGUAAAAUUGUGAACAUAUUUGCCUUCUGAAGGCAGGGUAUGAGAAGAAGUAUUGUAGGUUGUGCUGUGUGCCUUUGUAAUGUGUUUAUGGGCAGUUGUUUCUCUCAUCAACUUGAAGACGUAAAAGGGACAUUUUGGUUAGGGUAUAUAUACUGUACAUCAAUCUAUGCAUAAACGGCAGCUUGUUUUCUUGAGCCACUGUCUAAUUGUUUUUCUGUUUUUAUACAUUUUUAUACUGAUUGGGUCACAGAUGGUCAGUUUUAUACGGAAUGAAGAGCACAGCACUUUGCCAAAAGCCCGUGCAGCAUUGCUUAAACAUUGUGUAUUAACACCAGUUCUUUGUCAUGGGUUCAGCAGUGCAUUUUGCACUGCCGGGAGUUACGGUGUUUAAUCUGUCAGUAAAUAAAACGUCCUUUAACUUAA